AUGAAUUUGAAACACAUCCUGAACUGCCAGAUGAGAACCCCAGCUCCAAAACUCUUGACCUCGGCCGGUGAAGCCAAGAGCGGAGCCCUGAAGCCAAACCCCCUCCCUCGUGAGAAACUGGGGGACGAGAAGGCGCCCCUGCGCUGGUCCACUUUCACUUGUGAGAAACCAAAAAGAGAUAGGGACAGAAAUUCAUCGAGAAAGAGAAGAGAGAGAGAUGGGGACCGUGUAGAAAGAGAAAAGGGAUGGGGGAGAUGCGGGAACUGGUGCACAGUGGGACGGAGAGAAGAGACCAUAAGCGGGAAAGGGGUUAUAGAGCGGACUGACAGGGCGAGGGAGAGAAGAGAUUCCGAAGGGAGAAAGAGAGGAUACGGGAGAGAGACUGGAGGCACCAGGAAAGAGGGAGAACGUUCUCUGUUCUGUUCUCUCCAGGGCAGGGAGUCUCAGAAAAGCCCGUCCCGGGGAGAUGGCGGGCCGCACUCGGCGCCCCUGCGCUCCCGGCGACUCUGCGAGCAGCAAGUACCGCAAGGCAGCCGAGGAGCCGAGUGGCAGGAGGCGGUCCCCACUCACUCCGCUUUCUCCUCCCCUCUCCGAGAGGCGGGGACCUGA